AUGGAUAAAGAGAAAAGUAAAGCAUCACACCACUGUGAUAUCUGUGGGAAAUUUUUCUCUGAAAGUCAUAAAUUGACAACACACAAAUACACUCAUACAGGAGAGAAACCACAUAACUGUGAUGUCUGCGGAGACAAGCCAUUUUAUUGUAACAUCUGUGAUAAAUCAUUCUCUGAAAAUAGUGAACUUAUUUCACACAAGAAUAUUUGCACAGAAGAAAAGCCAUAUCACUGUGAUAUCUGUGGUAAAUCAUUCUCUAUUGAUUAUGUCUUAAAUAAGCAUAAACGUAUACAUACAGAAUAA